GCAGCAUCCGACCCAGGCACAAUACAGAGGGAGUCAGUCUACUGUUUGUAUGGAAAUAAUGAACACGAGCUAACACACAGACGGAAAUGCGCUGUUAAUUAUCAAACAAACGCGACCAGGUAGUGGAAUACAUCACCACAAGUAUCACCACAUCUUCUCGGCACAACAUUCAGUUCCUGUUUCGUGACUCUUGAGUCUACUGGUUUCUAGACAGCUAUGGGUGGGCUGGGAAACGGCCGUCGUGGAGGAAGAUCACCCCCUCUGAUGAUUGGCGCUCUAAUCGCCUGCAUCCUGGUUCUGGGCUUUAACUACUGGGUGUCCAGCUCCCGCAACCUGGAGCUACAGACGAAGCUGUACGAGUUGGAAGGCCAGGUGCGACGUGGAGCAGCAGAGCGAGGAGUAGCUGAGCUGAAGAAGACUGAGUUCCAGGAGGAGAUCAUGAGACAGAAGGAGCAGCUAAACCACAUAGAGACCCUCUACAAGAGACAGCUGGAAAGUGCCCAGGACAACUGCAACCAAGAGAAGGACAUGCUGCAGCAGAACAUUUCCUCCAGCACCAAAACCAUACAGGAACUCAAAGGUCAGCUGAAUCAGCUGAACGAUGACCUGGGCAAGCUUCAGAAGGAGCUGCAGAGUUGCCAAGGCAACAUCAAAACCCUUAACAACAAACUCACAUAUGACAUGACCCACUGUCACUCCCAGGUCCUGUCCCAGAAGGAGUUGUGUGAUGAGAGAGUGGCUGCUGUUAAACUUGAACUGCAGAAGAAAAUGGAGAAGCUCGUCCCCCCUCCAGUUGUUUCCUCAAAGCAGGACACUGCAGGGAAUGGAGCAGUAAAAGAGGACGGAACAGUCAGGACUGUGGACGAUGUAGUGAAGACGGCAACUGUUGUAAGCCACACGCCGAGUGACUCUCAGUCCAAUGCAAAUGAACCACCUGAACUACUGACCAAUGAGAUCAUCGAGGAAAAAGGUCCGGAUGCCCCAGCAGACCUGAGUCCAGCUAAGGAUUUCUCUGAGGUCGAGUCCCAGCCUAUUCCCUCAGCUGCUGCAGUCAAGCAGGACAUUUUGCCACCACCAGUGGGAGCUGUAACAACAGAUGAGGGUGAAGAAGAGACCAGCAAACUUGUGAAGAAUAAUCUGACUGACGAUAAAGACAUGGAGCUGAUGGAUGUGCAUGAAGAGGGGGCCCAGACAGAAGCAGACCCUGGGAUGGAAGGCAUGCUGGCUGGCAAGGUGAAGGCUGAUGAGACUCCUGCUGGUCAGAAGACUGAGGAGCCAGAAGAUUAUGAUGCAGAAGAUCAAGGAGAGGGUGGAGUCGAUGUGGAGAGACAACAGCAAAGCAAACGGCCAGAAAGUUUAGACUUGGAGCAGGAGCUGGCUGACUAUAACGGGGAUGAUGAGAACGAAGGAGAGUUUGAAGCUGACAAACAAGCUGAACUUGCUCAAGUAUAAGGGCUGGAGUUGAAAACGAAGCCCAGAGCCGGUUACACACCUCAGAACAACAGGUUUUAAUGCAGCUCUCCAGACACACUGAACACAAAACAAAGAUGGAAGUUCGACAACAAGACAGACUUAUGACAUUUGAUCCGGAGGUUAAUGUCAUAAGCGUUUGCUGCCUGGAAUGUCUUUUGUGAUCUUAAUUCCAUUCUGUACAUUUGAUCUCAUUACAUGUAGUCAGAUACUUUUAUCCUUUGCAAACAUCAGGUUGUCUGUGUUAUACUGAGAAUAUAUAAAACUUCAUAUUCAGUGCACAAUAUUCUGAAAGAGUCCGAAAAUGCAAAUAUCUGCCAAGUGUUUAGUCUCAUGAUUUCCGUUUACAUGCAUUUUACUGUACAAAUACAGCCGUUAGAUGUUUUUAUUAUGGUGGUGACUGCCACGAUCAUUUCGAUAUGUUUAGGUGACACAAAGCACCAAGUACUUCUGAGUACUCUCAUAUCACCUAAUCUUCAUCUCUACAUGUCAGCAUGUCUGGAAUUCAGCAGAUUUUAUUUAUGUGAUUAGACGUUUUGUUUAUGUUCACUCUUUGAUGAUUGUAACUUGAAUGAAAUAUUAAGUGCAGACCCUUAUAGGGUUAUGAAGUGUCAAAUAUGAUCCCAGUGACAGAACUCAUCCAUCAGAAGGCUCUGCAGCACAGACCUCCUCUCUCUUACAGCAUCAGCAUAGUCUCUCCUAGAAAGAAUGUCAACUUUAGAUUAGUGACCAGCUGAUGCAAAUGAAGCUUCCCACAAAUGCAGCGAAGGAAGGAAAUAUGCUUUGGUUCUUUACAGACAAUUUAAUGUUGAUUGGGAAACUGAUAACUGAUUAUCAUGUAGCCAAGAAAGCUGAGAAAAGUACAGGUGGCUUCAUAGACACCUUCUGGAUUAUAUAUACAGGUUUAUCUUUGUCAGGUUUAAACAAACUAUAUCAUAAUUGAUGUAAAAACAACAAAAAAAUCAUUCCCGAAGUGUCAGAUCAACAUGACGUGUCAGUAAGACAGAAAACCAGUUUUAGAUUAUGAAGGGAAGAGUUUGGAACAUCUGGAGGAUCUAUACUGAUCGACAGACUUAUUUUAUUUUGACGCAUGCCUUAUCCAUUCUGUGUACACCAGUGUCCCCUGCUUCACAGCAGAGGUUGGAUGUAGAGCCGUGUUACAUGUUUGCUGGACCUGCUGUGACAUCACUUUGUGGAUACUGCCUCUGGUCUGCUGAAGUGGAUGAACUGUAUAUUUUGUGGAGACUUUUUGAGAGUUGCUGUAGCAUUAUGAAGGAUGUUUCCUUGAAGCAGGAACAGCGUGUCGUGCUUGAGGGCUCCUGUAAAUCCAGUAGAUGUGAACUAUUCAGCAGCUGUACUAAACUUGUUUUAGUCCAUUCACCUUAAAGCUGAACCAGACUGGACAUCGUAUGGAUGAGCGCUAACAUGAACUAACAUUAGGCAUCAGAAAUAACAAAGUUAGAUUUUGGGACGGGAUCUUUUGUUGCCUUGUGUUUUAUACAGGACAGAUGAUUUAUUUAGGUUUCCAGGUACUCUGCUUUAUCUAAAAGUGGUGACUUUGACUAAAUAACCACAGUUAAUCCUUUCAUGUUGUAGUUGUAUUGCUGUAAUUUCCAUAAUGCUUUGACAUCUCAUCCAAGUAUCCUGGAUCACAUAGUGGAUGGCCAUCUCUCCGUAUUUGCUUAUCUGAAUCCGAGUAACUACAGUAAGUGGUGAGAACACAAUGGGGGCAUUAUUCUGUGCACCUGUCUGGCACUGAGAUGGGGUUUGCAGGAGAGUACUGAAAUUUGAUUGCUGAAAAAUCCCCAUGUCAGUUUUAUUUCCAACGUCUUCAGCCCCACUGUUGCAAGUUCAGGCUGAAGCUGCUCCUGUUCCGGAGGUUCUGUUCCAACAGCAUAUAUCAUAUCAAGAAAGAAGAAUAUACAGAGACACUGUGUCGAUUUCCCCUCAACUCUUUUAAGAUUUUCAUUAAUGGCUUCAAAGUUACAAAAACACAUCAUAAAAACUUUUUCUUGUCUUUUUUUUUUUUAAUUGAACUAUCAAAACUAAAAUAAUUUGUUGGAGAAAUAAGAAAGCGAUGGGUACGGUAUCUUUCAUUCAUGUUUCCUUAUAAAAAUCAAAGUUUUGUUUGAUGUAUUGGAAUAAGGAACAACUUUUGUGGGUUUACAAAAUGCUUGACCGCAUGUUUGUUGCAUUAAAGAGUCUGUAAGGUAAAGGCGAUGAGACAUUUCAAUGCAAAGUCCUCAAUCUGGUGACUUUUCAUUUAAGGAAGACGAAAUGAAAAACAGACUUUCACCGUAACUUAUUUUUAGCCCAGUCAUCUUAUUUAUAAGAAAUGACACGUGUAUGGAAUAGGAGUGCUUUUGAUGAUCUCGCUGAGGAAAAUAUUGUUCCAGAUUUUUAAAAAAAAACAUUUUUUAAAUCUGUCAUUUUAUUUUUUAAAGUUGCUGUUAUUUGUUUUCAGUUUAGUUGUCUGACACUGCUGACUUUUGUUUGUCAGAGAGCUUUGUCUGCUUAUUUGUGUAAAAAGUCCCAUUUUCUUAACUAGCGGUUUGUACCUGGAGAGAAAAUGUUGAUGAAAAUGAAAUGAUUUUUAUAAAUUUGA